AUGGCCGCCGUUCCUCAAUCGCAACUGGGAAAGUUUCGCUACCUCGUGAGAGGAGCCAAGCCCACCCCGAGCACAGAAGCUUAUUUGUUGCCGUCGCUCUCUGAAUUCGGAGAUAUCGUCACGUUGCCUCUCACUGACUUGCGGCCGUCUCUGGAUCUUGGAGAGGAUUCUCCGUACAGUCUUCAAGUCCAUGGAUUUACCGCUCGUCGACACCCCUCAGCUCUACACUCAGCUCCUUACAAUCGGGCCAGCUGGAAUAAUGAGAAGCUCCUUCGUGAGGUCUACUUUCCUGAAGUGGUAGAGUUCGUUCAGAACUUAACGGGAUGCAAGAAGGCAGUGGUAUCUGCCGCGGUUGUGCGAAACCGAUUGUAUAGCGAGGGCGAUGGCUCUUCGGCUCCAGGAGCUGAGGCGGAUGCGCAACCCGAAGUGCAAGAUGACACAUCUCACCUGUUUCCACCGAUCUUUGGUAAUUAUAUAAAAGAUGGUGUAUGUCCGGCCCCAAAGGUGCAUCUGGACUGUACUCCAAAAGGCGCAAGGCACCAUAUUCGUCGCUAUCAUAGCGAGGUUGCUUUGGCAGCUGAGCAUGUAAUUGUGGCAGAAAACCGUUUGCUUGAAUCAGGCAUUCCAUGGAACGACGUCAAGAACCAUUAUGGCGGGGACAAGCACGGUGAAGGUAAAAUACCUCACUUUGCGCUGUUUUCGAUAUGGCGACCCUUGAAGACGGUUCAUCGUGACCCUCUCGCUAUUUCAUCGGCGGCUUCUUUUCCCGUGUCUGAUUACGUUCCCUCUGAUCAACGCGAGCCAACAGACCACAGCAUCCCUGCUCACCUAUACCGCAUCAUAAGCAAUAGUAACAGCCAAGAUGUUGAAGGGCCUGAUAUGAAUGACGGCACGUAUCAGACCCAAAGCUACCUCGCAUACGCACCGCAGGAUGAGGAAAAGACUUCGCAUGACUGGCACUACAUUUCAGAUCAACAACCCUCCGACGUCCUGGUGAUUCAAUUGUUCGACAACGAGAUGGAAGCGCAUGCACGAGCACCUUUGGAGGGCGGCAGAGGUAAGUCUGAUCUUGGAGUUGGGGGAGCUGUCCAUAGUGCUUUCGAGCUGGUGGAUCAGGAUGAGAAGGCGGAAGCUAGGGAAAGCAUUGAGGUUCGGGUCGCAGCAUUCUGGUGA